AUGGGCUCAUGCCUGAGGGAAAUGGUGAUACAAAUGCUCUUAAAACAUGUGCGGAAUCAAGACAAACCAAGGAAACGGGGAAGACCUCGCAAAACUCUGGGCAAAAUUGUUUCAGAUGACAGUGACUCAGACUCGCAGGACUUGAAACCUCGAAGAUCCAGCAACGACUUGGAAGAUGCAACCACCACACAAAACCAAGACCUACCAAGGAAUCGAGAAAUACCUCGCAAAGGCACACUCAGCGGAGACAUAGAAGACGAAACCGCCUCACAUAAUCACUGCCCUCCAAGGAAACAAGUAAAACCCCUCAAAUUCUCGGAUGAAAGUGUUUCAGAAGACAGCGACUCGCCCGAGUGCCAACAAGAAAGAUUCGGCACUCUCAGCGGAGACAUAGAAGACGAAAACGCCUCACAGAAUCACUACCCACCAAGGAAACAAGUAAAACCCCUCAAAUUCUCGGAUGAAAGUCUUUCAGAAGACAGCGACUCGCAGCAUUGGCGAUCAGAAAGACUCGACAAAGCCUCAGAAGAUAUAAGUACCUCGCAAAAUCAGCGAAGGAAACCCGGAAGAACCUUAAAAUUCUUGGACGAAAGUCUUUCAGAAGAUAGCGACUCGCUAAAGGGAAGACCAGAAAUAUCCAAUACGUUAGACUCUAGACUUCAAGAUGAUAAUACUUCGCAGAAUCAGGAGCAUUCAAGUAAACGGGGAAGACCGCCCGAAUAUGUGGACGAAGACACACCAGAGGUAGGCGCCUCGCAGAGGAGCACCCCAGAGAGAUUCAGCGCAUAUUUAGUCUCGGGUCAUAUAGAAGGUGAAAGCACAUAUUUAGAUUCGACACGUAUAGACGUUGAAACCGCCUCACAGAACCAGGACCAACCGAGAAAACGAGGUAGACCCCGUAAAUACAUUGAUGGCAAGCCUAUAGGCGGAAAAUUGCAGAAUCCAGACCAACCUAGGAAACGGGGAAGACCUCGUAAGUAUGUGGAUGGAAAGCCUUCAGGAGAAAAAUCGCAGAAUUCAAAUCUCCAACAUGAAAGCGCCUCACAAAACCAGGAACAUCCAAGGAAAGGGGGAAGAAACACCCCGCAAAGCCAAGAGCACCCUAAAAAACGAGUAAUACCAAGACCUCGUAAAUCCUUAGACAGGAAUGUUUACGAAGACAGCAACUCUGAUAAGAGCACCCCAGAAAGAUUGAGAACAUACUCGGAUUCGAGUCUCCAAGAAGGUGAAGGCGCCUCACAGAAACAGGAAUACCAAAGGGAAAGGAGAAGACCUCUUAAAUCCUUGGACGAGGACCAUUCAGAAGCAAGUGCUUCGCAGAGGAGCACCCCAGAAAAAUCCAGCAUAUACUUGGAUUCGAGUCAUAAAGAAGAUAAAAGCCCCUCACGGAACCAGGAGCCGCCAAGGAAAAGAAGAAGACCUCGUAAAUCCAUCGAUGGGAGUGUUCUAGAACUAAGCGCCUCGAAGAAGGGUUCUCCAGAAAGUAGCAGCAAAUUUGACUUGAGUAUUCAAGAUCAAAGCACCUCAAGACCGCACCAAUACGUAGCUGGAAACCCUCCAAAAGGAAACAUCUCUAAGAGGAGUACUCCAGAAAGAUCCAGCACAUAUUUAAGCUCGAGACUUUUACAAGAUAGUAGCGCCUUGCAGAGUCAGGAGCACCCAAGGAAAUCUUGGGGAGAGAGCACUUUGCAAAACAGGACCCCUGAAACAGCCAGCACAGACAUGAAUUCGAGUCUUCAAGAAGAUAAUAACGCCUCUAAUAACCAAGCACAACCAAGAAAACGAAACAGAGCAAGCAAAUCCAUGGAUGGGAGUCUUUUAGAAGCGAGCGCCUCACAAAAGACGACGCCAGGAAAACAAUCAAGAGCCAGCAUAUACUUAAAGGUUGUAAGCUGUUCACAGAAGGAGAAGUAUCCAGGAACGAAAUCUGUACAAGUGACCCUUUCGGAAGUAGUGAACAUCUUGCAAGAGAGGAGACCAGAAAGGGUAAAACCCAGCAAAUACGUAGAGGAUCCAAGCGAUUCACAGAACAAAGUACAUCCAAGUAAACAAGGAAAACCUUGCAAAUCCAUAGAAUUUCCGAAAAUAAGCAUCUUGCACAGGGAACCAGAAAGACCUAGCCCAUGCUUAAACUGGAAACCUCUUGGAAAUGCAAGCACCCCGCAGAACCAAGGACACCCAAGUAAACCAGAACGAUUCAGCAAAUACGUCGAGAGAAGUCUUCCAGAUAUAAGCGCCAUUCAGGACACUUCGGCUGAGGCUAGUUUGUUGCGAAACAAAACAGAAGAAUAUUCUGAAACGAAAGUGAUUAGUUUCGAUCAAUUCUAGUGACUUUGUGAUAGAUUUGUGUUAGGGUAGUAAGUACCUACUACCUAUUGUGCGAAACCGAUUCGUAAUAAUUAAUAACGAAUCAUGACGAAGAUGGACGUCUUUAAUUUAAUUGUUAUUUUGAUACUUAUUCCAAAAACUUUCAGUGUUAGCUUUGGUGUUGCUAUUCAAUCAUUCAAAUUCCCUUUGAACACCACGCCUUUUAAAUGUAACGCGCCAAAGUGAACCUUAUUGGAAUGCGUGAAGGUCU